UAAAUUUUGUUGCGUCCGAGCCUUUGACGUAGUAACUUUAUACCCAGUGUUUCCAAUUAAUUGUAAUUUACGUUCACUGUUUUAAUAAAAUUAACGAAAAAAUUUAAGUGUUACGCCCCCAUUUCGCAACAAGUGUAACAAUUUCAGUGUAGGUUUUUGUGACCAAGAGGUUCUUCGUCAAUUUCUGGGGUAUCAAUAGCAGUCAGGUACUGAGAUAUUAAAAAUGGACGAAGCAGAAGCAAGUCUCGGCACUCAACAAAUCCCCGAAGCAUCCGAAUCCCUUUUUAGCACAAUUGAUAUCAUCCUGUUGACACUGUUAAUAGGUGGUGUUGCGUGGUGGUUCUUAAACAAACAAAAGAAAAAAGAUGUAGCCGCCACAGCACGUUCAUACUCCAUCCAACCCACGUCCAUGACCCUGCAAACAAGCUCUGACAGUUCGUUUAUCAAGAAACUCAAGACUUCGGGACGCAGCUUGGUGGUGUUCUAUGGAAGCCAAACCGGAACUGGCGAAGAAUUCGCCGGAAGAUUGGCCAAAGAGGGUGUUAGAUACAGGAUGAAGGGGAUGGUAGCGGACCCGGAAGAGUGCGAUAUGGAGGAAUUAGUGAAUUUGAAAUCGAUUCCCAACAGUUUGGCUGUGUUUUGUUUAGCAACAUACGGCGAAGGUGACCCCACUGACAACGCUAUGGAGUUCUAUGAGUGGUUACAAAACGGCGACGCUGAUUUGUCAGGCCUCAAUUAUGCUGUAUUCGGCUUGGGAAACAAAACCUACGAACACUACAAUCAAGUCGCCAUUUAUGUUGACAAAAGAUUAGAAGAGUUGGGAGCCACGCGAGUAUUUGACCUCGGUUUAGGCGACGACGAUGCCAACAUUGAAGAUGACUUUAUUACGUGGAAAGACAAGUUCUGGCCAGCCGUUUGCGAACACUUCGGGAUCGAAUCGACGGGAGAGGACGUCAGUAUGCGUCAAUACAGACUUCAGGAGUUCAAAGACGAAGUCCCGGAGAAGCUUUACACCGGUGAAAUGGCAAGACUCCACUCGCUUAAAAACCAAAGGCCGCCCUUUGACGCGAAAAAUCCAUUUUUGGCGAAAAUUUUGGUCAAUCGUGAACUUCACAAGGGCAAUGACAGGUCGUGCAUGCACAUCGAGUUUGAUAUCGAAGGGUCGAAAAUGCGGUACGAUGCCGGGGACCACGUUGCUGUUUACCCAAUUAAUGACUCCGAAUUAGUCGAAAAAAUCGGUAACUUGACAAAUACGGACCUGGACACGAUUUUCACUCUCAUUAACACCGACGAGGAGUCCAGCAAAAAACACCCAUUCCCUUGCCCUACAACCUACAGGACUGCAUUGACCCACUACUUGGACAUCACCAUGAACCCCCGUACCCACGUCUUGAAGGAACUAUCGGAAUAUUGCACCGACCCUGCUGAGAAAGAAAAGCUGAAAACCAUGGCAAGCACCUCUCCAGAGGGCAAAGCCUUGUACCAACAAUGGGUCAACGAAGACAAUCGCAACAUCGUCCACAUCCUCGAAGACAUGCCGUCGUGUAAACCCAAACUUGACCAUCUUUGUGAACUCUUUCCCCGCCUCCAACCCCGGUAUUACUCAAUUUCCUCAUCCCCGAAACUCUUCCCUAACACAGUCCACAUUACUGCCGUCGUAGUUGAGUAUAAGACUCCCACAGGGCGCCACAAUAAGGGCGUUUGUACCACUUGGUUGGCUCUCAAGAAGCCUGCCCCUGGCCAGGAGGCCCCAACCGCCCCGAUUUUCAUCCGCAAAUCCCAAUUCAGACUCCCCACCAAAACGCAAACUCCGGUCAUUAUGAUCGGGCCUGGUACAGGUCUGGCACCGUUCCGUGGGUUCAUCCAGGAACGCCACCAAGCAAAGGAGGAAGGCAAAGUGGUCGGUGAAACUGUUCUCUACUUCGGGUGUCGCAAGAAGGCUGAAGAUUUUAUUUAUGAAGAAGAGUUGCUCAAUUACGAGAAGAGCGGCUUGUUGACGCUCCAUUUGGCAUUUUCACGGGACCAAGCGCAUAAAGUUUAUGUUUCGCAUUUAUUACAGAAGAAUUCCGAGGAGGUUUGGAGAAUUAUCGGGGAGAAUAACGGUCAUUUGUAUAUUUGCGGGGACGCUAAAUCAAUGGCACCGGAAGUGCGUAAUAUCGUCAUGAAAAUUAUUCAAGACAAAGGUCAGAUGACCGAGCAACAAGCAUCAGCAUAUUUGAAAAAAAUGGAAACGCAGAAACGUUAUUCCGCCGACGUAUGGAGUUAAUAAAACGUUUUGUUAGGUGUAAUUGUUGUAAAAUUAAUUUAAAAAUUGCCAAGAUGCCUAAAUUUGUUAAAUUUUGGCGACAUUCCUGCUAUAUUGCGACGGGUUGCUACUGUUAAAUUUUACUAAACAAUAUAUUUAUAAUAAAUGGUAUGUAUCGUU